AAAAAUUAGACUCUUUCAUGAUGCAUGGGUUAUUUUGCGUUUUACUUGUCUAGAUUCUAAAUCUCGCUCGAUAACUAGCGUUACUUUAACAGAGUCAAUGGCGACCAAUGCUCAUGGCUAAUGGAUCUUCGGCUGUAAAACGGAAUUGUAAACCUUUUUAACUGAUUAUCGAAUGGCGGCUAAUCAGCUUUAAUUGUAAAAAUGACAUCUUUGGAGCUUGUUCGUCACCCAGAUACUCCUAGGGAAGCCCCAAAUGAUUGGGGAACAGGUCGUCGAGGAGCGGAAAGUUUAUGGAUUCCUCGAGCACCAACCUUCCACCAUACUGGCUUUCCUCUUGAACAUCAUUACCAACUGACAAGCUUGAAACUGAGUGCUGUGCGAGACAAUGAUGAGCUGAUUCCACGUCCUCAGUCAGUCAAUGUUAUUGAAAAGGCAAUCAACAAACCGUUCCCAGCCGAGCAUCCAUUUGCAUCCCAUAUUGAGAAGUUCGCCUUGAUCCCUAAAUUUGAUUCACCCCAGGACCCUAAGAGAGGUGUAGCAGCUCGCCGGAAACCCAUUAGUAAUGAGAUGCCAGCUAAUCCUUAUGAUACCAUUGUAGUCAAGAAAACCAAAGGUUUCCCUUACAGAGAAGAAAUCCAGUUCUUACCAAGUGACACAAACAAAGAUCCACUGUACUGGCAGGGAGAGCACUUCUUUGAUCAGCAAUCUAAAAUUCAUGGUAACAGACUGCAGUAUUACCCAACACCCAUCAAGCAGAUUGCACCUAACUUGCAGGAGCGGCCCCCAGAGUACCAGGUGUCGGAGAGGUCAGAGAAUGUGCUGAGGAACCUUGAGCGAGAUCAGUGGCUAACUACACAUAACUUGAACUACACUGGACUUGGGCCAGCCAACCCGAUGUGCCUAGACAACCUAGAAUGUAAGAAUGUCAGCUUUUUUAAAACCGGACUUUGGGAUGAUAAUUUGUAUCCAUGUUCUGUCAAUACGUUUGACCCAGCUCGUCCAAUGGAGGGAAGACUCAGGAAACUCUUUGCACCAAAACAUCCUGAACAAAUUUAUAUAGAAAGUGGGUUCACCAGCACCCCAGUGAAGAGGAAAAAGAACAAGAAUGAAAUUGAAGAAGAUCGCUUGCUGAAUGGACGAGACUAUGUUAAUUUGCCUGAGGACUUCAAUAAAAACAACUUGAAUGAAAUAGUUUCUUGCCCACAGCAACCAGGUUUUGCAAAUGUAGAUACAUCUGAGCCACAACAGGAGAGUGGCAGGACAGGGGAAGCCACUCAACGUGAUGAGGUGGUGUAUCUUUCAGAAUUGGAGAAAGAGAUGCAGAAGUCUGUGCAGCAGAUUGAAGCACAAAACCGUUGGAAACUACUUGAGUCUUCAACACCUAAACAUGAUAUCAGUCAGUUAAGGGUCAAAUACAAUAUACUCAAAGAUAAGGAAAUGCCAACUGCAUUUUAUAGGCAUGAAGGAAAAUAUAAUGAGGAAAGAGCUGGCCUCUAUAAGACAAGCUAUGAUCCGCAGCAACUGGCCUACUCGAUGAAUGCACAACGUCUUAGUGGAGGCACUUUGUUCAACACAAGCUUAUCCCAUGUUGAUGCCAGUCAAUAUCCCACAGUCCUUUGGGAUGAAAACGAGGCUGCACUAAGAGACAGCAACACUGUUGUAUUCAAGAACAAUGAGUUGAGUGGAGACAGACCCAGUACAGGGGACAUGCUGGACCCUUACAAUGAGACUGUUGCACUGCAAAGGGCAGCCCUUCAGCCUGAUGUGGCCACAGCCAACCCACGGGUUCAGGAAGGGGAGUUUAUUCUAAGAGACAGUGUAUAUGGAGGAUAUCACAACACCAAAAAGUUUCUACAGGAGAACAAACUGGAAAAGAACAUACGCAUAGAUCCAAGUUUUGUAAUGUCUAAAGAGAAUCAAAAUUUAGAGAGAGUUCGUGAGAAAGCAGCUCCAAGAAAUAAACCAGUAAGAACCGGUUCUCUCAAAGUGGUACAUUUCUCUGAUAAGGUCAAUGUGGGUAACAUGCAUGUGAAUGUUCCAGUGAAAAUUGAAGAAUCUUUUAUCACCCCGCUGACCAAACAGGAAGGUGAAGAGUUGGCCAGUGCUUUUGGUCAUGAUAAGAUAACUUCACUAAGCUAUACAGAGACCAAAAAACAAGGGCCACAAUCCAUAAAUGAUCUGAAAGGAGAUUGCAGGAAUCUGGCUGAAAAUUUGCUCGGCAGUCCUGCAGUGCCCACUGUCAUAGCUAGGAAUACCACCAUGGCCUUGAAACCUGAAUUUGUCAACUUCACCCGAAAACCUCAGCGGAAUGCGACUUCGGUCUCCGAGAUGGCUGACCAGUUUAGGAGUUUAUCCACUAAUUUUUUGCCAACUGGUCUGAAAAAUGCUUCUUCUAUGAGUACCAGCUAUUCAAGCCAGUUUCCAUACUAUGACCUGUCAGAGAAGAAAGAUAGAAGAUUUGAUUGGGAGCCUGGCAAAGGUCAUCUGAAGCCGCAGUCCUGCCUGAUGGAUUUACAGGACAGUUUUAUCAAAUCUGAGGUUCAUAAACGAUUUCAUCAUCAAUUUCCUGAGAUUGCCCCGGACCACAGAAUCAAUGUCAAUUCUGAUAUACAUCAUAGGAAAAGAACCAUUCUCUCCAAUCCGUCCCUUGCUUUUGAGCAGAUCUGGCAGGCAGAAGAAUGUUAGCAAACAUCCUUACCAAAAUAAAAACUGUUAUCUACAUCCACAAAAUUUGUUUUACUGAAUACAUUUGAAGUUUGAUUUUUUUGUUUUGUUUUGAAAUAAUCUGAUACUUUUACUUGCUGAGUUUUAAUAUAUUUUCUGUAUAUUAUGAUGGAGAGGCAAAGUCAAUAAUUUAAAGUAUUGAGGAACCUAAUAAAUAAUUCCAAUUUUCUAUUUGUUCACUAAGCAAAGCAACCUAAAUGCCUAAAUAUAUGUCACAUGAUAUGAGAAAAUUGUAUGAUAUUGGGUAUUUUUACCUUAAACUUAACAAUGUCAAGGACUCUUAAGACUGCUUUAUGAUCCUUACAGAAAUUUGUUGUGAUUACAAGGACUCUUUUCUCAUAUAAAGACAACACAACAGAAAAAUACACAUAAAUACAACAGACACAACAUAAAGAGUUCAUUCAGUGACUACACAUAGGUAUCUUGGUGCUUUUCAUGUUCCCUGAUCACUUCACUGUUGCCAACUAAAAACAAUUGAGCUAUAAUUUUAACAAUAUCUUCAUGAGGGCAGUUGAUAUUCAUAUCAAGUCUCCUUUAUUACUGCUAGUCAGUUGCUCUUUUGUUUUUAAAUAAGUUUUUAGUCAUAGAGUCUACUGCUUCCUACAUUUUGAAAUUAUUUUAUGUUAUAAAUUAAAGAGCUUAAAAAAUUAGGUUCUUCUGUUUUGAAAAGUGAAAAAGAAAUUUAUCAUACACCUUUUAAAAAAACACAUAGCUUAUCCACACUUCCUGUAUUUUAGUACACCAGAUACACCAAACUUGAGUUAUUUAUAGUUUUUCUGCCAUGUUCUGAAAAUCUCCAACAGUAUCUAAUGGAUUGAAAUAAUGGAUAGAGUAAUAAAGACACUGAAUUUGAAAACUAUAGUGUAAAGUGGUUUUGACAUGACCCUCUAGUUAAAUUAUACUUUAGAUAGACUAGUUAUAGUGCUUGUGUUUGUUUGCAUUUCUUUACAUAUAAAACUCUUUUGCAGCUGAAGUUCUUUUGUUUAUGAUUCAUGUUGCUGUUUUUUUUUUUACAAAGCUUAUACAAACUCACUCACUCAGUCUGUCUGGUAAAAAGUUUGUACACAUUUUUUUUUCUCCUGCACUCAUUCUUGGCUAAAGUUGAACCUUUGCACGAUUAUUCACUGGUAUAGACAAGACAUGAAUCAAUUUAAAAAAAAAACUUUAACCAAUAAGUCAAUUAAUUACUACUAUUUAAUUAUUUUGUUUGAUACCAACAAGUGAAAUUAAUCCUUCAGUAUUCACAGAUAUGCCUAAAUAUGUAGUAUUUUGUCCCCUAUGGUAAUUAAUUAUUUUGUUUGAUAUUGAAUAAAGGAAAUAACUUCCAUGUUAUUGAGAAAUAUAGCUGCAAGUGCAGAUUUAUUCCUCUUAGAUAAGCUUUUUUUU